CACCAUUGGGUUGUCCUUGCCGGCGUUAGUGUCUAUGACUUUUAAAUUAGGCUGGAUAUCACUAGGCUAGCACCGAAUGUGUUCUUCGGUGUCGGCAACCUGUAACAAGCGUAGUUGCGCCGGGUGCUUGUCCAAGUGACACGUGUCUUAUCUAUUUAAAACGUUAUAGUAACGUCUUCCUUUUGAAAAUGUCAGCCAUGCCGAAGCUCCCGGCGCGGAAAGCGUCCACUCGAAGUAGUGAAUCAAUGGCACCGCAGCAAAGCGCCCCUAGCGGUGUGCACACCGCCAUGCUAGACGAGGCCAGUAGACUUGCGCAGAGCCCGGCAGUUCAGCGGCUGAUGGAGGAUCCUGGAAUUUUGGAAGUCGCAAUGCAGCGCGACCCUCAAUUGAAGCGUCUCAUGGAGGAGACGCCCGGGAUGAGGAGCCUAUUAGCACCAGACAAGCUUCGGACUAUGCUCGAGGCGUUCAGGGACCCGCAACGCGUGCGCUCCCAGGGGAUGGACAUGUUUGCCAACAUGGACCUGACUGAGCAACGCAAGGCGCUCUUGCAGCUGGAGUCCUACCGCCAGGAGCUCAGACGGCAGCAACAGCAGCAGCAGCAAGGGCACCUCGCCGCUUCUUCUGCCGCUGCCGCUCCUGCUCCUCCUCCUGCAGCAGCAACAACAGCAUCAGCGGCUCAUUCCCUGCGGACCAAUCCCGGCCUACCUUCGUCCCUGCCUCCUCGCCCGCUGCUGCGACCCCCCAACCAGCCUGCAGCCUUCUACUACCCGCCCUCCGUCCACAACCCCCAAGCAGCCUCCACCUCUUUGUCCUCCUCCUCCUCAGCAGCAGCAGCAAGGGCGGCAGCACGAGGGGCCCCCGCAGGUGCAGGCGGGACAAACGCUGAUGGCAGCGUUGGCAAUGCCGAUGAGGAUACCGAGCAUUGGAACGGAAACGCAGGGGAUAGGAACGAUGGUGGCGGCCGCGAAAAUGGCGGUGGUUUUAGCUUCACGCAUUCCGAGCGGGAGGUUUUACUCGACGAGCUGCCGUACGAGGUACAGCAGGAGCUGUUGCAGCAACUCACGGCGGGAUCCACGUCAGCAGCUACAGCAGCAUGCGGCCACCCCAACCACCACCACAACCACCCCAACCACCCUCUGCAGCACUACAGCCAGCAUCCCAACCAACCACACGGUUAUUACAACCAACAGUAUAACCACCCCAACUACCCGCUGCACCAGCAGCACCCACACCCGCAGCAGCACCAGUACCCGCAGCAGCAGUACCAAUACAACCCGGGUGCAUGGCCCCCUGCCGCUGCACCCUACACUGCCUCCCAUGCAGCCACGUCCGGCCCUGGUCCCAUCACUUCAUCCCCCUCCUACGGUAAGAACAACAACAACAGCAAGGGAGGUGGUGUGAGCGGCAGUCGCAGUGCUCGGGAGCUUGCCGCUGCAGGUGCCGCCGCCACAGCCGCACGCACGGGUUCGGGUGCCGCUCGGCACCCACUACUGCGACCCCGGCAGCAGCAGCAGCAGCAAGGGGAGGAGGAGGAGGAGAGUGAGGUGGAGGAGGGGCGGAGUAGUCAUCACCUCCGUCAGGAGCUUCCCUCGCUGUCACAAUGGCACAUGCAGCAGCAGCAGGAGCCGGCUGCUGGUGCAGGUGUUGCGCCGCCGGUUGGAGACCCAGGCAGAUACGGACCCAUGGGUCGUCAUGGCUACGGCAGGGGUGAUGGGUACGGCUAUGGGCACUCAGGUGUUGGUGUUUCCUCCCACUCCCAUGCGCAUGUGGGGAACCGCCAGCAGUCGCAGCAGUGGUGGCAUCAGCAGCAGCAGGAGCAACAGCGGGGACAGGGCCCUGAGGACGACAUCGGGGCUGAAGAGGAGGAAGAAGAGUACGGAGGAGGCCGCGACAGAGGCGGAGGGGGCUAUGGUUAUUACACUUCUGGUAGCAUCUAUUACCCGGGCAGCAGCAGCCAAAGCAGCCACCCCUUCCCUUAUUACAGUGCUGUUGCCGGUGGUGGCGGUGGUGGAGAAAGAGCAGCAGCAGCAGGAGGAGAAGGGCCUUUUGGCAAUGGCGGUGGAAUGAAUGGCGGUUACGGUUACGGUUAUGAGUUGGGCAGCCUGGGCGGCGGGGCAACGGGCCACGCAGGCCUAGUAGCAGGAGCAGCAAGCAACGGCAGCACUGCUGAGGGAGCUGCAAAGCCCAGCCCCCGUGACCACUACGAGUACGUCCCGCCCAACCUGACUUGGCGGCCCGAGGAGCAGGAGGAGGAGGCGCAGGGCUGGGGCAGCCUGUACCGCAGGGCCUACUUCCAUGCAUGCGAUGCGGCCUUCUUCCCGCUCUUCUUCACUGCAGCCGGCCUGCUGCUUCUGGCCACCUCCUCCCCCGCCUCCUCCCCCUCCUUCCCCUCCUCCUCCGCCCCCUGGCUCCCCUUCUGGCUGCUGGCGGUGUUGCUGGUGGCGGGGGCACUGGGAGGCAGCUACUGUUUCGCCUCGGUGCUGGCGGGCAUUCCCAAAAAGUCGCUUCCCACCUCCCGCACCCUCCUCUCCCUCAUCGCCACGUGCGAACUGAUCUACCCCGUGUCGUACUGCUGGAGGGUGCUGCCGUACCUGCUCCCGUACUGCUUUAACAGCGGCAGCAGCAGCAGCAACAACCGCGAUUCCACCCUCGACCCUUACUCCGCUUACACCGCCUCCUCCUCCUCCUUCUCCCCGCCCUCGCUUGCUGAGCUGUUGCUGCUGCUGGGCUGUUUCCUGGCGCUGCCGCUGCUGCAUGGACUGGCGGCGUGGAGCGACCCGGGGUUCGUGCGGCCACCUCCGCCUGCCGCCUCCUCCUCCUCCUCCUCCUCGUCCUGUAGUUCUAAUCACAUGGAGGAGGCAUUAGGGAAGCGGCAGGCGGGGCAGCAGCAGCAGCAACAGCAACCUGAUGGGGGGGAAGGGGAUGAAGAGGCGGGAUCAGGUGGGGCGCUGGGGGCGCAUGGAGUGGGUGAUGCGUCUGCUGCCGGCGACGCUCUUCCCACCACCGCCCCUGCUGCUGCUGCUGGUGGUGGUGGUUUCGGGGUUCACUGCUCCACGUGUCAUUUGGCGCGACCGUUAAGAUCCAAGCACUGCCAGUACUGCAACCGUUGUGUUCGGAAGUUCGACCACCACUGCCCCGCCAUAGCCAACUGCGUGGGCGAGGGCAACGAGCGGGUCUUCUCCGCCUGGCUGUUUGUGAUGUGGCUAACCCAGGUGCUGGUCCUUCACGUCGGCCUAUCCUACCUCCUCAUCCGCCACAACGCCCACCUCACCACGCUCCUGGAGGGCCCUAACGGACACCUGGAUGUCCCAGCAGCGUCCCUGUCUGCGACCCAUGGGUCACUGACGACCCAGACCCAGCCGUCGCCUGGUGAUGCGUGGAUGGAGGGCCUGGGGUGGCAUCCCCGGCGGGUGUGGCGGGCGCUGGGUUGGGCAGCCGGGGGGCCGGAGAGGGCGAUGGUGCUGCUGCUGGGGCUGCAGGCCCUCUGCCUGCUGAUGGCGACCUUCCUUGCCGUCCGCCAAGCCUUCUGCAUCCUCGCCAACCUAACCGCCAACGAACUGAUCAACCGACAACGUUACAACUACCUGAAACACGAGCUGGGCGGCGGUUACUGCAACCGAUUCGACCGAGGUCCCCUGUACAAUUGCUUCACCUUUUGGCUGGAACGCAACCCGGAUCCAAGAUGUUCCGAAACCAACAAACUCCUCUCCAGCUUCGGAUCUGGAUCCGGAAUGGGAUCUGGAUCCAACCCCCGUACAAAGGAUAACGUCGCUGCUUCUGUUUCUCCUUCUUCGUCGUCGUACGAUUACUGGUUGCUGCAGUACGACUUCGGGGAUCGGGAGAUGGCACGGUUGGGUGUACGACAGUUGUCGUACUGGUCGGUUGGGCGGUUACUCAACUGGCUUGACGAGUUCGGGCGGAAGCGCGAAGAGCUGAAGAGCGCUUUGGUGGACGUACGCACCCGCAGAGCCAUGCGCGCCCUGGAGGUGCGGGCGCAAGCUGCGGCGGCGGCGCAGGCGGCCGGGGGGCGCGGCAGGGCGGCGUAGCAGCAGCAGCAGCCGCAGGCGUAGCAGCAGCAGCAGCCGGGAGUUCAUGCGGCAGCUCAGCUCAGCUCAGCAGCAGCAGGAGCAUGCAGCAGGCGGUGUAGCAGCAAUACCGUAGUAUGCUGGCAGGCGAUAACCAGGCACUACCGCUAUGCUAGGGGCUUUAGUAAAGGGAGGGGGGAAGCAAGUGCAGGGGGGAAGCAGCAGCCGGCGGAGGGGAUGCAGCUAGGGUCGGCAAGCCACUCCAUGCCCAGGUGUGAAGUAAAUGAAUGACCGUUGUCAUGCUAGGUGCCGUGCUCUACUCUAGUUGGGAGGGCUGUGUGAUGUGAAGGUCCUUCAAAGGGGCAUGCCAGCAGUCAGGUGAACGUUGAAAGAAGGUUAAGUGGUGGUUGGAGGCGAGGUGGUGGCAUUGGGAGAAGCGCAGGAAAGGAGGUGCAGGGCUAUUAUGAUGCUGGACGCAACUACAGAUUGUAACGUAUGGGAUCGCAUGAAUGAUACAUUCACAUGCAAGCA